UUAAGCUGUAUAGCCCAAAUCCUGUAAUCCGUCCUAAAGGAAUAUCGAUGUCACAUCCAGAUUUUUUACAGCCUGAAAAUGUGUCUCAUCCACGCACGGACAACGGAAUGUAGGACGAAAAUCUCGCUCAACUUCUUCAGGUCCGUCCAGCCGUGGCCCUCACCUUAAAGCCAGACAGAAGCCAGCUAGUCCAAGGAUCCACGGAGAAAGUGAGAAAGAAUGAACUCCCCCUGGAUGGAUCCGUUCGCUUGUUGUGGUGGAUAUCGAUGACUCGGACACUGAACUGGACGCCGUCACGCACCAAAUCGACACGAUUAACCCCGAUUCCCCGAAUCAAUCGAUUUCGCAUCCCGACUCGGCCACUGGGCUCUGGGAUCAUGUUGAUUCGCGAAUAUCGCGUCUGCAUGCCUCUGUCGGUGGAUGAGUAUCAAAUUGGCCAACUCUACAUGAUUGCCAAGCACUCGGCAGAGCAAUCCAAAGACGGAGACGGUGUGGAAGUGGUCGAGAACCACCCUCACGAAGACCCCGUCCACGGCCUGGGCCAAUUCACCGAGAAACGUAUUCAUCUGUCUAACAAACUCCCGACUUGGAUCAAGAGCUUUGUGCCCAAACUAUUUUAUGUGACCGAGAAGGCGUGGAAUUAUUAUCCGUUCACCAUCACUGAAUAUACGUGUUCCUUUGUUCCUCGAUUCUCCAUUUCAAUACAAACGCGAUAUGAGAAUAACCCAGGCACUAGCGAAAAUUGUCUCAGACUGUCAGAUGAGUGGCUCAAUGUACUGGAAGUCGACCAUAUCGAUAUCUUAUCCGACGAAGUUGCUCCCCAUCACUACAAGGAAACCGAAGACUUAGGGAAAUUCCAUUCCCGCAAAACCGGCCGAGGUCCGUUAGUCUAGAAUUGGAAGGAGACCUCGAAUCCCAUCAUGUGCUCAUACAAAGCAGUGGAAGUGAGAUUGGAUGUGUGGGGCAUCCAGGGCCGUGUGGAAGAUUUCAUUCAAAAAUCCAUCCGAGAGAUCCUGUUGGUGGGUCAUCGUCAGGCUGUGGCCUGGCUGGAUGAUUGGUAUGGUAUGACCAUUGAAGAUGUCAGAGAAUAUGAACUGAAAAUGCAAUCCGAAACGAAUGCUCGGAUGCAAGAGGAUCUGAAGGAAGAGCAAGACGAGCUCGAUUCCUCCGAACCUUCCUCGGGCAGUGUCACGCCCGGUACUCCAGCCCCCAAGAAAGGAUGGUUUCCCUGGUCUUGAUGCACUCAUGUACCUCGCUCACACUUGAAGUCACAAUCAACGAUCAACCAACCUUGUACAUCUGCGUACUUGAUCUCGUGACCAGCCAGCCAUUGCGAGAAUCUCUCCCUCUCUUCGUUGUCUGUUGAUUUUAUGGCCAAAGUUCAUUCCCCGUGAUCCUAAGUAUCAAUUUCACAAUUCUUAAGAGUAACUCAAUGACCAACCGUUUCUUAUCGUCAUUGCCCACAAUUAUUCGUUCACUUUGGAAUAAAAUAUAUGCCAAAUAGCUCUAAAGACGAGCCCAGGCCUUCUCCAAUGGCUUCCAAGUGAGAUAUCCGGCCCAUUUGGCAUAGAACACGAUGUA